GGAGCUUUAAAAAUGAGGGAAAUUGGAAUUUGGAAAUAAAAUACUAUACAAGUUUUAGAUUAUUCUGAAUAGAAUUAAUUUCAUAUAAAUAUAUUCAUAAAUUAUUUUUUCUAAAUAAUAUUAAUGUAACCAAUUACAAAAACGAUAGAUCCAACUCUUAAUAAAUUACAAAUAACUAUAGCAAAAUAGCUAUGAACUACCUCAGUAUAAAGUGACUUUUGUUAUUAUUUCCUAGAAAAUAGAAAUGUUUCCUAAAAGUUUGUUAUUACCUAGAAUAAGGCUAUGCAGAAGCUUAAACAUUGUAGGAUAUAGAUGUAACAAUUUAAAUAUAACAGGUGGAAUAAAUAACUAUCACAGUCUUAGGUGUCAUAACAUAAAGUCAAAAUUUACCUUGAAUCAAAGAUUACCAACAUUUUCCUAUUUACUGCAUUUGAAAUGUUAUUCCCAUGUUGAUGAUAACAUUCAGGAAGAAAAUACCCAAAAGGAAAAAGAGUUAAAUAAUAUACGUCAGCUAUAUACACACCCUAGAGUAACAUUAAAUGAAUUGACUGCGAAGACACCAGAGAAAAUAUUUGAUAUACAUUAUAAGCAAGCCAAUGUUGCUCCGAAAGGGUCGAAAAAGAAGCCAUCACAGAAUGAUUGGACCUGUGCUUAUUCUUUUGUGUGGCCGGAAAAGAUGAAGUUCGAAGGAACAUCAAUAUCAAAACGACAAGCCGCAGAAAAGGCAGCCAUUCAAGCUCUACAUUGGCUGUAUAUAAAUAAACGGAUAGACAAAAAAGGCAACCCUGUAUAUGAUACAAAUGUGAUGAAAACUUUGAAGAGCACUAUUUAUAGUCCUAUACAGGGGGCGAUUAGUGAAAGGUCUAUUGAGAAAAUUGAAAAAAUAUGGAAUGAAUAUGAGAGCGACAUAAAAACAAUAUAUGAUGCAACAUUCAAAGAGGCAAAACAGAGGCAAUACAAUUUUCCUGUUAGAGUGCAGAAGGACUCCACGAUUGAUGAUGACGAUUAUUCGUAUCAAUUGUUCGAAAGUCGAAACAUCGCUUUUUUAGUAAAUCUCUAUUUUUCACCAGAUUUCCGAACCCAAAUUCACCCAGUGUUUGGCAAAUUGAUAGAAGCGCCAUCUAGUGCAACUCUGGCGAGGCGAGAACGAAACUUGGAAAGAAUUUUUAAACAUUAUGAAGACUCUUUGACCCCGCUGCCUAUUGAUCAAUAUGCAGAGGAAAUAACAUCUAAACUCGAAACAUCGCGCGUGGCGGUGAUCGUAGGGGCGGCUGGGUGUGGUAAAUCAACCAGGGUGCCGGCAGCCAUUUUGAGAUACUGCGGUGUUGGAACUACCGCGAUUGUGUCAGAACCCCGACGUGUAGCUGCUAUUGGACUAGCACAGAGAGUCGCUGAUGAGUUAGGGGAAAAUGUUGGUGAAACAGUGGGAUACCAGGUUCGACUUCAAUCGAAACCCCCGCGGCCGCCAUCUGGCGCCAUCUUGUUUUGCACUUCUGGUGUACUCUUGCGCAGGUUACAAUUCAAUCCAGGACUCGAAGGAUGUACUCACGUGAUAAUAGACGAGGCUCACGAACGGGACGUUAACACAGACAUAACCUUGCUUUUAUUGAAACGCGCACUCAAGAUCAAUCCCAAGCUUAAGAUUGUUGUUAUGAGCGCUACUUUGGACAUCGAAGUUUUUACAAGAUAUUUCGAAGAUUGCCCAUUAAUAGAAGUCCCAGGUCGCACUUUUCCAGUAGAAGAUUUUUAUUUGGAUGAUGUAGAGAAACAAUUUAACAUAAAACUGAAGAAUACGAGAGAAAAUUGCACUAAAGAGUAUGGCAAGCCGCUGGUCAAUUGUCAAGAGGUGGUAGAAGUCAUAAAAUCAGUUGAUAAUACAAAGACGGAAGGCGCGAUACUAGUGUUUCUCCCGGGCUGGGCUGAAAUUAAAAAGAGCAAGGAACUGUUGGACCAGAUCUAUAAUGAUGGGACGCACCUUAUAUUGCCCGUGCAUUCGAGAUUAUCAACGGCAGAUCAAACAAAAAUGUUCAAUAAACCACCGCCAGGCGUAAGGAAGAUAGUUCUCUCCACAAAUAUAGCGGAAACAUCAGUAACCAUUCCCGAUGUAGUUCACGUGAUUGAUACGGGCGCUCACAAAGAAAACAGAGUCAAACAGGGCACCGGGACAGCAAGCUUGGAAACAGUAUGGGUAUCCAAAGCGGGUUCAAAACAACGCGCUGGGAGGGCGGGACGAGUUCAGCCAGGCUUUUGCUACAAACUGUAUACAAAAGAAAAGGAAGCUGAAUUCACACCUCACACGACUCCAGAAAUAUUAAGGAUACCACUAGACCAAACAGUGUUGGAUUGUAAGACCUAUGCACCGGAAGAGAAAGUGGAAGAUUUCCUCUCACAACUUCCGCAGCCUCCGAGCAAGGAUUCAUUGCGAUUCGCUGUCAAUGACCUUAUAGAUUUAGGGGCUCUAUCAAAGACAGAGCAACUGACCCGUCUGGGGAUACUCGUGUCCCACCUGAACAUAUCUCCCCGUCUGGCGAGGGGCGUAUUGCAUUCGGCGAUUGUUGGGAAUGUCGUCGCUGCGGGGAAUUUGGUCGCUCAUUGCUCUGAUAACGUCGAAGUUUUUGCUAAUGCGGCGGACAGGAAAGAUGAGAUACGCAACAUAAAGCGAAAAUUUAGUUUGACGUCCGAUCACGCGGCCUUACACUGGAUUCAGGACACGUUCGAGCUAAAGCUGGAGGAAGUUGGAUGGAGGGAGGUGGAUGGAUGGUGCGACAUGUAUGGUUUGAGGAAGGACCGGCUUUCGUAUGUUAAAUCACUCUCAAACCUGCACUUGGAGCACUUACUCAAAUGUGGAAUGUUAGAGAAAAAUCCAGAAGUAGAAGAUCUAAAUAGAUAUUCGAAUAUAGACGAGAUGACGUCAGCGAUAUUAUUAUCCGGAUCUAAUACAAUACUUUUCACAAAGAAAAUGGUGAAAACUAAAGGGAAAUUGAAGACAGCGGUGGAAUUGUUUACAAGUUUAGGCGAACGCGCCCAUAUAGGCGGCGAAAGUAUUAAUUACGGAAUAACUAAACGCAAACACAAUAGCAAUUUGCUGACUUAUUUCGGAGGAUAUCAUUCGACGGAACGCCGAGCCUUGGUCGUCCAUAAGACGAGUUUAAUAUCACCCUUGACUGCUCUUCUAUUCUCUAUGGGAGACGUCCAAAAGAAAGCCACCGUAGAAGACACGACAGAUUUGUAUUUGCCAAGACACCGACUAACAAUCGAAGUGCCAACAAGCCAAGCGGAUCACAUUCUACGUUUAAGAGAAAUGUUAUGGAACUCAUUUGAGUACUACAUUGAAAGAAAUGUCAACGAAAUUGACUUCGACGAGUUCACGAAGACGUCAACAUUCAAAAAUACUCUUAUGAAGACUGUAGCUAGUGUAUUAGUUGAAGCGAAUAGCGAAUAUGUUGAGAAAUAUAUCAAGAAUACUGAUUUUAGAUAAUAAAAAUUCGAUUAAAAAGUG